AUGGUUUCGUGGCAAUUACUUGAGGAAUUAGUGGCUAAUGAUUUGCUGAAUAUCAAGGAAAUAGAAUUAUUCAAAGCUGUUGACCACUGGGCCGUGAAGGAAUGCGAGAAACAAGGCCUCGUAGCUGAGGGAUCCGUAAAAAGGAGAAUUCUCGGGGAAUUGAUCAUUCAGAAAAUUCACUUGCCUGCGAUGGAACAAAAGGAGUUUGCAGAUGUCGUCCUCGACUCUGACUUGCUUACUCUCAAAGAAGUGAAAGAUAUGGUGAAAUAUUUCAACUCUGUACUGAACACUACCGUUGGAUUUGUAGAGUCAAAGCGAGGUUCCCUUCUUAAAAGGCAGGUCUCUAGGUUUAAAUCGGUGGUUUUCAAUAAUGGCUGGAAGCAUUCUUCUAAAUGUUAUGAUUGGAUAUAUCUUGCUGUAGACACAAGCAUAAAGCUGCAUGCGGUGCGAUUUUUUGGCAGCUAUAACGCAGAAUAUGUAGCGAGCCUAACCAUAACGGCCAUGGAAGAAGUUAUCUUUGAUGGUAACCUAAGGAAUUAUAGUAGUAACGUGAAGGAGGGUGAACUAGGUGAAUAUCACGGCUUCGAGAUUGCAUUAAAGCCUCCGAUCGCUCUAAAAGCAAGUAUGAAGUACUUGUUUAAGGCGGACAUACGUGGGCCAUCAAGCUGGUAUGGGCAGGGUGGACAGCCCAUUGUAAAUAAUUCUAAGGUGAAAUUUCAUUUUUCCAGUUAUAAAAAUGCGACUUGUGUCGAGGAAGGACAGUUCGCCGAAUUCCUGUUUUCACUUCACUGA